GAGAGAAAAGUGACUAAAAAAACUUUAAAAACACACAGAGAAAGCGAGAGAUCUGAGUUUGAGUCAAGUGAUCCGAGUCACCACCGAGUUAGGGUCACAUCACUCAUCUCCUCUCUUCUUUCAUCUCGUCAGCAUUAAAUUAUAUUUAAUCACCACAACACAUCCCAACCGUUCAUUUGAAUCCCUUCAUUCUCAGCUCUCCGAUUCUCCUCUCUCUCCAUCUCCGUAUCACCCCUCUCUCUAUCUCUGCACAAUUCGAAAAACAGCAGCAACAGCAUUACAAAUUUCAAACUUCAAACCCGAAGAUCGGGUCGGAUUUCGGGGUUUAUACUGAAACGGGUCCUUUUUUGUAUAAGAUUUGAGCUUAUUGGAAAGUUGAUUGCAGUCUAUUGAGCUCAAGAUCAGUAGAUGGUAGUGUGAUUUAGUUGUGUUUGGAAGCUGAGAAAAUUUUGUGGAAGAAUAUUGAGCAAUAUUGAGGACAGUGGAUAAUGUUCUGAUUGAAAGUUUUGGAUUAGAGGUUUAUUUGGCUGUAAUUGAUCUCUUCCGUUUGGGUAUAAUUUGUUUUUUCAGAAAGAUUCGAACUUCAUUCGCCAUAGAAUCGUGGCUUAAUGAUAGAAAAGCGCUAGUUUUAGUAGGUGUUUUCUACUAAGUAGAGCUCUAUGGUUUUUGCCCAUAAAUGGAAGUAAAUUCAUAGAUUGGCUACGUGAACGAGUAAAUUAAGGUCGAUGGAAGAUUUUUCUAAGUAUGUCCACAGUCCUGCCCACCUUGCAGUUGCACGGCGAGAUUAUGCAGCUUUAAGGCGUACUAUUUCAACUCUCCCUCGUCUAGCCAAGGCUGGUGAAGUUAUUACAGAAGAAGAAUCUCUUGCUGCUGAGGUACGGGCUGAUGCUGUUUCAGCUGUUAUUGAUCGUCGGGAUGUCCCUGGUCGUGAGACUCCUUUACAUCUUGCUGUUAAAUUGAGAGAUCCAGUUUCUGCAGAGAUUUUGAUGGCAGCUGGUGCAGAUUGGAGUCUGCAGAAUGAGCAUGGUUGGAGUGCUCUUCAAGAAGCAGUUUGUACUAGGGAGGAACAGAUAGCAAUGAUAAUUGCUCGGCACUAUCAGCCUCUUGCUUGGGCAAAAUGGUGCCGCAGGCUUCCACGUAUUGUUGCUUCAGCAGCUCGUAUUCGUGAUUUUUACAUGGAGAUAACUUUUCAUUUUGAAAGUACAGUUAUUCCAUUUAUUGGUCGCAUUGCCCCAUCAGAUACCUACCGCAUUUGGAAGCGUGGUUCGAACCUUCGCGCUGAUAUGACCCUUGCUGGGUUUGAUGGUUUUCGCAUUCAAAGGUCAGAUCAAACAUUUCUCUUCUUGGGAGAGGGAUACACUUCAGAUGAUGGUAAUAGGUCUUUGGCACCAGGUUCUUUGAUUGUUCUUGCUCACAAGGAGAAAGAAGUUACUAAUGCUUUGGAGGGCGCAGGUGCCCAACCGACAGAAGCUGAAGUUGCCCAUGAAGUGACAUUAAUGUCUCAAACUAAUAUGUACAGGCCGGGCAUUGAUGUCACUCAGGCAGAGCUUGUUCCACAUUUGAACUGGAGGCGGCAAGAGAGAACAGAAAUGGUUGGAAAUUGGAAAGGGAAAGUUUAUGACAUGCUUCAUGUAAUGGUAAGUGUAAAAUCAAGGAGGGUGCCUGGUGCUAUGACAGAUGAAGAGCUUUUUGCGGUAGAUGAUGAUGAAAGAUUGGCAAAUGGUGCUGAAAAUGACGAGUUUGAUGAUGUAUUGACAGCAGAGGAGAGGAAGCAGUUGGAUUCUGCACUUCGUAUGGGAAAUUCAGAUGGUGUUUGUGAGGAUGAGGAACCUGGGUUAAUUGAGUAUCAAGAAAAUGGUUCAGGAGGUUCAUACGAAAAUGGGGAAUCAAAUGGCUCUGUUAAAGAUAAGAAGAGUUGGUUUGGUUGGAAAAACAAAGGUUCUAAGAACAAUAAUGAUGAUCCUGAAGAUUCAAAGAUCUUGAAGAAGUUCUCUAAGUUGGCUCCUGAAGCUGGAACCCAAAAAUCAGUUGAUAAUCAAAGAUCUUCAUCUGAAUUUUAUAGGGAGGAUUUGGGAGAUGCAAAGAAGGGUAAAGAUAAAGGCAGCAAGAAGAAAAAGAAGAAAAUGCCUGGUACCGAGUCCAAGCUCGAGAGUGAGUACAAGAAAGGGUUAAGACCUGUCUUGUGGUUGACACCAGAUUUUCCUUUGACAACAGAGGAGCUUCUGCCUUUACUUGAUAUAUUAGCUAACAAGGUCAAGGCUAUUAGGAGGCUCAGAGAGCUUUUGACAACUAAACUACCUGUAGGAACAUUUCCUGUCAAGGUUGCAAUCCCCAUUGUCCCAACAAUUCGGGUGCUUGUUACUUUUACAAAAUUUGAGGAGCUUCAGCCAGUGGAGGAAUUCUCAACCCCUCUUUCGAGUCCAGCACAUUUCCAGGAUGCCAAAUCAAAGGAACCCGCAGAAGGGUCAUCGUCAUGGAUUUCGUGGAUGAGAGGAAGUCGCGGUGGGCAAUCAAGCGAUGGUGAUAGUCACAGGUACAAGGAUGAGCUUGAUCCAUUUCACAUUCCAGCAGACUAUACAUGGGUUGAUGCCAAUGAGAAGAAGCGUCGAAUGAAGGCCAAGAAAUCCAAGGCCAAGAAACACAGGAAACAGGCAGCAGCCAGAAAUGGGGAUGGUGGAGCUCAUCCCUUGAGCGAAGAGGUGGAGGAAUAAUUGCAUAAUUAUCAGAACUUUUCGACCUCAAAAUUCCUAUUUCCGAGGGAAAUGAGAUGGGGGCCCUGCUUGCCCAUCUGACCGUAUGAUUCUUCCCAGUCCGGGCAAUCACUUCUUGUUGAUUAUGAAGACUAUUGUCUUCAUCUGUUGUAUUGUUAUGUGAUGUGGAUGUGAAAUCGGAGAGGAGCAAAGUCUCCGUUCUCCGGCCGCUUAAAUAUGUUAAUUUGAUUCCUUUGACAUUAAUCUUUGUAUCAAAAUCAGGUGCUCAUGUAGCCUACACUUUUGUGAUUGGUAAUUCUUUCUUCCUUGGAUCGUUUUGACCUGCACUUUUGAUUUAGAAUUGAGAAACUAUGGCACUGUUUCUAACAGUUGUAUGAGACAUUGUAACAGAUUCUGAGUGAUAGAGAAUACAAUGCUCUAAUUGUAUCUGUUGGGUAA